AUGAUCUUGUCCAACCCUGCGAAGCGAGCUAUCCUAUCAGUGAUAACACCUAUUCCUCGCGACAAAUGGUUUGAAGUAGCCGCAAUAACUUUCGGAACUACGACAAUCGCUGGAAUGGUGGCAACAGCUACUGGGUUUGUAAAUCCAGCGGACGAUUGGCAUCCUACCAACAAUCCCGUCAAACCGCUUUCAGCUUUCUUCUUUCCUUCUCUGGUAGAAGAAGUCUUUCGGAGGGGGGCUUUACUGCCCCACAGUAUUUUGAAUGUUCCAACUCGCAGUAUCAUAUUCUCAGCCUGCACUCCUGUACUAGCGAUCCAAGUUAUAAGCCACCCGAUUGCCGCCAAGACGUUGUGGCCACGAGGCAAAGGUAUCUUUGACGACCCCAGAUUUCUGCUGUUGGCAACCAUAGUAUUAGGAGCUGCAACAAUGUCGUUUAUCGUUAGCGGGGGAAGCGCAUGGGCAGCCGCAGUGACACACGGACUUCCAGUUGCAUUGUGGAGAGACUUCUUCAAUGGUGAAGCCAGACUUGCAGGGAAGAGUCAUCAUCAAUGA